AUGAGUUCCAAAAAUUUCCAGUGCUCGAUCAACUGGAAGCUUUCCACCAUGGAUCAUCAGCACGACUUCCAACCAGGGACUCUGGUAUCCUCAGUCUUCGAUCCCCCGAGCGAGCGACCUGCGACCGUGAAGCCUGAUAACAAGCGUCGUUCCAACCCAACAAAACCACACAACAUGUACCGACAUGCGAGCAGGCCGCUGCUCGGCCUCGGCCGCCCCCGUCUGGCCGUCAUGUCCAGACAACAGGCUCGCACCUACGCAAAGAAGGAGAGGCCAAACGCCAACAGAGCCGCCCUCCGGGCGAACCAGAGGGUCAGCGACACGGCCGCCGCCGCCCAGUCCGGCAACAUGAUGAAGCAGCAGAAGGAGGCCAUCGAGCAGGCUACGACGCGCUACGCCGGCAGCCUCUUCCCCGGUACGUGCUUUGCUGUACAUGGCACCUUUAUCCCCGUCCCCCUCUCGCGCGCCCCCCGCGCCCCGUCCGCCUUUCUCGGCUACCAGUACACCCGCAUCAAGUCCUUCGCGAGCGACUUUCUGAGCACCUUUGUCCUGCGCUUCCAGUCCCGCCCGAGCUUCUUCAAGAAGCCCCGCGCCGACCUGUACCGUGCCCGCGCCCGCGCCGCCGGCACGGCGCUGCAUGCCCGCCUCGGCCACGCCCUCGCCGCCGGCGAUCGCGAGGCCCUGCGCGCCAUCUGCACGCCCGCCCUCUACGAGACGCUCGGCGCCACCCUCGACAAGCGCAGCCGUCACGAGCGCACCACCUGGGACGUCGUCGCCACCCACCGCACCUGGCUCGCCGCCCACCGCGUCGGCGUCCUGCCGCCCCCCCUGCCCAAGGACACCAUGAUUCAGCAAGCCGUCGUCGCCGUCGACUCGACCCAGCGCCUCGACAGGGUUGACGUGCGCACCGGCCUCAGUAUCCCCGGCGCCGCCCGCGUCCAGAGGCGCACCGAGUACCUCGCCAUCACACGGAGGUGGAACGGCUCUACGUACGUGGCCGGCGACUGGAAGGUCAUCGGGAACGCCAGCGAGACGACGCCCGAGUCUUGGGCCCAGGAGCAGGCCAGGAUCGCUGCCAUGGAGGCGGAAAAUGCAGACAAGAAGCUCAGAGAGGCAGGCAUUCAAUAG